CCUGAGGAUCACCAGGGGUUGACUCAUUGGAUAGGUAUUCCCGUCGUGCCCUUUCCCACUGACAACAUCACCUUGAAUCGUCUCGAAGCCUCCCUGGUUGCAGUCGCAAAUCAAAAUGCCAAAGGUUUAUCUUCUCGAUUAUGUUGCCGGCAACGUGCGCAGUCUUGUGAACGCCAUUGAAAAGUGUGGCUACGUGGUCGAGUGGAUCCGGUCGCCGGAGGAUGUCCCAAAAGCAGAGAAACUGAUUCUGCCUGGUGUCGGACACUUUGGCCACUGCCUCUCGCAGCUUUCCGCCGCCGGCUUCCUCCCCGCGAUCCGAGCCCACAUCGAUGCCGGCAAGCCGUUUAUGGGCAUUUGCGUCGGUCUCCAGGCACUCUUCUCCAGCUCAGCAGAAGACGCAGACUGCCCGGGUAUUUGUCUCAUACCAGGAAGUCUCGAUCGAUUCGACGACAGUGUGAAAGCUGUGCCCCAUAUUGGCUGGAACAAUGCUUCCUGUCCCACGAAUCCAACGCUUUAUGGCUUGAGCCCAGAUUCGAAAUACUACUAUGUGCACUCGUACAAAUACCCCUACGUCAAGGGCGAGCUGGAAAGCCAUGGUUGGGCCGUGGCAACAGGCACAUAUGGCACCGAAACUUUCGUCGGCGCCGUGGCUAAAGGAAACGUCCUGGCCACCCAGUUCCACCCCGAAAAGAGCGGCGUCGCCGGUCUCCGAGUGAUCCGAUCUUUCCUCGACGGCUCGGGAGCGAAGGCGCUGGCCGAGCAUCUCCCACAAAAAAGCAACAUCGCUGCCGAACUCGUUCCCAAAGAUGGCCUUACGCGCCGUGUCAUUGCCUGCCUCGACGUGCGCACCAACGACCAGGGCGAUCUCGUUGUCACCAAAGGCGAUCAGUAUGAUGUGCGGGAAAAGGGCUCUGAUCGCAACGUCCGCAACCUCGGAAAGCCGGUUGAAAUGGCCAAGAAGUACUAUGAACAGGGUGCUGACGAGGUCACGUUUCUCAACAUCACUUCCUUCCGCGACUGCCCCGUCGCCGACCUCCCCAUGCUCGAAAUCCUCCGGCGCACUUCCGAGACAGUCUUUGUUCCUCUGACGAUCGGCGGUGGCAUCAGGGAUACCGUUGACGUCGAUGGAACCAAGGUUUCGGCCCUCGAAAUAGCAACCAUGUACUUCAAAUCUGGCGCCGACAAGGUUUCCAUCGGCUCAGAUGCUGUCAUUGCGGCCGAGGAGUACUACAAUGCUGGAAAGACGCUGUUCGGAAACACGGCCAUCGAGCAGAUCAGCAAAGCAUACGGCAACCAGGCUGUCGUUGUUAGCAUCGACCCAAAGAGGGUUUAUGUGCCGAAACAAGAGGCCACACGCCACGCCACUCUCAAGACAAAGUUUCCCGGGCCAAAGGGAGAAGAGUACUGCUGGUAUGCCUGCACAAUCAAGGGGGGUCGGGAGACGAGAGAUCUGGACGUGGUGGAGCUCACCCAAGCCGUCGAGGCAAUGGGCGCGGGCGAGAUUCUUCUCAACUGCAUCGACAAGGACGGCACAAACAGCGGGUUUGAUCUCGAGUUGAUCAACCAGGUCAAGGGGGCUGUCAGGAUACCAGUCAUUGCUAGCAGUGGUGCGGGAAAUCCUGGACACUUUGAUGAGGUGUUUAGGGAGACGACAACCGACGCCGCGCUGGGUGCCGGUAUGUUCCAUAGAGGGGAAUAUACGGUACAGCAGGUGAAGGAUUAUCUGGCCGGCAAAAAUUUGGUGGUGAGGAAAUUCGAGGGGGAGUUUUGAGAUGUGUACAGUUCUGGAGAAAAGCAGGCGAAAUUUAAGGU